CUUUUGCGGAUAGAGGGUGUCGCGUGGUCAGUGCAACGAAUCCCCACGGCCGUUAAUAUCGGUUUUCCAGACCGGAAGUGAUAAAGCAAAACAAAUGGGAAAGUAUGAGCAGUAUGAGUGAACCAGUGUACGCAAGGAGAGGUGUAGAGGCGGUAUACCUAUAGAAAUGCAAUGGAUCAUCGACUUCCGUUCUGACUGAGAGGUCGCAUGUCGGCCAUAUAUUUAUUAACAGUUUUUAUCAACUUUAUAAUUUAUUUUUAAAAACUUUUACAUUUUAAUCAUCUUUUUUUUUGUGGUCGUAAGUCGACGACCAAGUGUAUUGGGAACAGGAACGAAUAAAAGUUUUUCAAACAUGUAUUCAUUACAAAAUGACACCAGAGUUAUAGGUAUAAGAUUCAAACUGGAAAGAAACAUAAAUUCAAAAUAAAAAUCACAAAAUGAAGAAGACAUAAAUUUGUGUUUAAAUUUAUGUGAAGUUUUGAUCUUUAAGAUGUUAUGAAGUUUUUUGUGUUAAAGAAUUCUGCCACCUUCAUGAAUGUACGUUUGUUGCAGUAAACAGAGCCUAAUAUAUCAGAGAUUUGAUCCAGUUUACAUAAUUAUCAGUACCAAUCGGACCACCUUUGGAAAUGUAUAUACAUGGUCUGACGACAAAGUUAACAAACUCAUUGCGGCAGUGAUCUAAUUGAAGCUCCCAGCAUUCUCACGACAGCACACCAAAACACUCGUAAAAAAUAGACGGCACUCAGAAAGAGGCUACCAAAGAUCAACAACACAGCUGUGAAACGCUGAUAUGCCAAUGUCAUCAAACCAUACUGGGGUUUCUGUCCACUGCUGCCAUGGGAAGCACAUGGUGUGAGUUUGCAGACUUUAUUGUCAGACCUUGUAUCUACUAUUAUAUGGUCCUGUCACAAGAAAUUCACUAAGCAUUAAUAGCAUCCAAAAGUGAUACAGAACAUCUCAGAUCUUUCAUAAGAAUUGAAGUUUCCAGGCUGAAGAAACAUACUGUGAUCUUGGGUGGAUACACACAUCUCAUGGAACAAAUUUCAUCAUCUACUGUGAAGAUACUCAUCUUGCCCCACUAGAUCUUUGCAAACCUUGUAAGUUUGAUGCGGUUAUUGUAAGUCAAACAGUGUCAGUGGAAUACUUGCAAGCCACCUUCUUACAAUAUCCAGCGAGCAUCAUGUGUUAUGAAUGAGUUUAAAGGCUGUAGAAGAUCCUGCAGUCUUUUGCAACAAGAGUUCCCAAAGUUGUAAUACUGAGGGUUGAAGAAAUACAUGCUGCUCUAAUGGAAACCACAAACUGUAUGGAUUUCCUGAAGGUUGAUCCUGGAUUGAGUGAUGGAACAUGUCCAACAUCUUCUCACGAUGCAACUCAGGUCAUUGACAUAAAAGUUGAGGUCUCAGAUACUCAAGAAGUGGAGGAUCCUCUGCUAAUAACAUUACCAGAAAUAAAGGCUGAACAUGAGAACUGUGUGGAUUUCCUGAAGGUUGAACCUGGAUUGAGUGAUGGAACAUGUCCAACAUCUUCUCAUGAUGGAACUCAGGUCAUUGACAUAAAAGUUGAAGUGUCAGAUACUCAAGAGGUGGAGGAUCCUCUGCUAAUAACAUUGCCAGAAAUGAAGGAUGAACAUGAGAAUGGUGUGGAUUCCUUGAAGAUUGAACCUGGUUGGAUUGCCAAGACAUGUCCAACAUCUGAUGAUGGAAAUGAGAUGAUUGAUAUAAAUGUUGAAGAGGAUCCUAUGCCAGUAACAUUCUCUGGAGCAGAGGCUGAACAGGAGACUGCGCCAAAUGCGCAUCAGCCCACAUAUAAUGUGGCCCAUCAAUAUUCUUGUGAUGUAUGUAAUAAGCCAUUCAAUCAGCAGAGUGAUCUGAAGAGACAUAAACACGUUCAUAGUCGGGAGCGGCAAUUUUCCUGUAAUGUGUGUAAUAAGUCAUUCAGCCGGCAGAGUAGGGUGAAAUACCAUCAACGCAUACACAGUGGGGAGCGUCCGUUUUCCUGUAAUAUAUGUAACAAGUCAUUCAGUCAACCAAAUCAACUAAAGCAACAUCAACGAAUGCAUAGUGACGAAAGGCCAUUUUCCUGUAACAUAUGCAGUAAAUCAUUCAGUUAUCCUGCUUCUCUGAUUGAACAUCAACGAAUACACAGUGGGGAGCGGCCAUUUUCUUGUAACAUAUGUAACAAGUCAUUCAGUCAGCGAAAUACACUGAAGCAACAUCGACGCGUACACAGUGGAGAGCGGCCAUUUCCCUGUAACAUAUGUAACAAAUCGUUCAGUCAGCAGAGUACUUUGAAAAAACAUCUACGCAUACAUAGUGGGGAACGGCCACUUUCCUGUAAUAUAUGUAAGAAAUCAUUCAGUCAACCAAAUCAUCUGAAGCAACAUCAACGCAUACACAGUGGAGAGCGGCCAUUUUCCUGUAACCUUUGUAAUAAGUCAUUCAGUCAACAGAGUACUUUGAGAAAACAUCAACGCAUUCACAGUGGGAAGCGGCCACUUUCCUCGUAAUAUGUAGUAAGUCAUUUGGUCAGAAUGCUUCAAUAGUCCAAUGCAUGCACAGUACAGAGUAACCAUUUUUCUUUAUCAUGUGUAAUAAGACAUUCAGUCUCCAGAGUUAUCUGAGGACACACCGCCAUGUAUAUAGUGAGUAGCAGCAUUUAGCUGUACUGUGUGCAGUAAAUAAUUCAGUAGAGGGAGUAAUCUGAAUACAUAUUGUCACAUACACAGCAAGUGGCAUCAGUAUUUUGGGGAUAUGUAUACAAAUCUGUUAUCUGCAAAGAAGUUAUUGUGUGCGUGCUGCAGAGUGUCCUUGAUUCCAUCAAUGUUAGGUAUUUUAGUUUUAGAAUCUGGUUGACUAUUAAUACUUGCAUAUCUCAGUGUGAAGAAGAAAAACGUGUUCUGAGAUUGUGUACAGGCUUGUCAGGCUUGUUUCUCAUUCUCCCCUUGGGCUGCAACUGAGCUGAUGUAUGGCAAGAAAUAUUUGGGCACUAGUUGCUUCUGCACUGUGGGAAACAGGGUGAUUUGCUGUAACAAGGUCCUGCUAUAACGUGUACACAUAAUGCAAUCUUUAUUUCAGUUACUGGACUCAACCAAAUUCUCUGUGGAAAGUGGCCAUAUAUAAAGCACUCAGAGUUCUAGUUAAGGUAGUGAUGUAAAGAAAAAUAAAUAUUAUUUGUCUCGUGA